AUGGUCGGUGACAUAGAGCCAGGUGAGGCCAUGGAGACACCUUUCUUCCGCUCGGCCUCAAGCACAAUCCCUCAGCAAACGUCCUACGCUGAUGACGCUGCUGCUGCUGCUGCUGCUGCUCCGACGUCUGGAGAACACGCCACCCCUGCAGCACCAGCAGCAGCAGCAGCAGCAGCAAAAGCGGGAACCCUCCGACGGUCGGGCUCUCCUGGUAGCGUCACUUUGCUGCAGCAAAUGCAGUUACCACCACACCAAGCAACCUUGGCAGCAGCAGCAGCAGCACCGUCUGCUGCUGCUGUUGGUUCUGCUGCUAGUGCUGGAGAAAUCUAUCUGCAGCACAGUUCUACGCUGCUGUCAGAGGGAGAAGUUCGCCCGUUUGCUGCUGUUGCUGCUGGUGCUGCUGACCCUCUGCAUGCAGAGCAGAUGCUAUGGACUGUCGUUAAACCCCACAUUGGCAGUAUCCAGAAAUAUAGGCAGCAGCAGCAGCAGCAACAGCAGCAGCUGCAGCAGCGGCAAGGUACACUGAAUGGAAACAGGCAGCAAGAAGUAGCACCGUUGCUUACACAUGGUGGAGUGCUUCUGCAGCAGCAGCAGCAGCACCAGCAACAUUUGCUGCGGCAGCACUCGCUGCAGCAUCUGCCACAGCAAACGCAGGGAGAGUAUAUUAUGCAACUGCAGCAGCAGCAACAACAACAACAGCAGCUGCAACAGCAGCAGCAGGAGCUCAUAGAUCAACAUAUGCAGUGGCGAUGCAAAAUAGAAGAGCAGCAGCAGCAGCAACAGGAGCAGCAACGUCUUAUCGAGCAGCAGCUGCAGAUGCAGCAAGAAGCAAAAGAGCAGCAACUGCAGCAGCUGCAGCACCUCGAGCAACAGCUGCUUCUUGAGAAAGAGAAAUGGGUGGGUCAGCAGCAGCAGCAGCACGAAUGGCAGCAAACAUACGCAGAGAAGCUGCAGCAGCAGCAGCAGAUAAUGCAGCAGCAGCAGGAGAUGAUGCAGCAGCAGCAGCAGCUGGUAAUGGAUUCUCAGGAGCAGCAAAGAGCUUGGCAGCAGCAGCAGCAAGAACAGCUGGAGCUCCUGAAGCAGCAGCAAGAGGAGUAUUUGCGCCUUCAUCAACAGCAGCACGCGCACGAGGCGCAACAGCAAGUGCAGCAGCAAAUGCAGCAGCAAGUGCAGCAGCAGAACGGACCCCUUGGGCAGCAGAUGCAGCAGCAACUGCAGCAGCAGCAGCAAGAGCAGACACUCAAGCAGCAGAUGCUUCUUGAUCAGCUGCUAGAAGACGGCAUCCGCAUGCAUUCUAUGGAGCAACUAUCGGAACAACUGCAGCAGCAGCAGCAAACAGAACAGCAACAGCAGCAACAGGAGCAGCAGCAGCAGCAACAGGAGCAGCAGCAAGAGGAGGAUCAGCUGCAGAUGCUGCAAGUUGCCUACCAACACCAAAACACUUCUCUGAGUAUAGCCAAUGAGGAAGCCAAUCGUGCUGCUGCUGCUCCUGCUGCCCAUACUGAACUGCAGCAGCAGCAGCACCAGCAGCUACAGCAGCUACAGGUAGAGCAGCAGCAGCCUCUUGCCAGUAUGUGGCCGCGUCGCUCUCUUUCAUUUCCUCUGAGCAACAGCAGCUGCAGCAGCUGGCAGCAGCAGAGCACAAGAUGGGAGCAUUCAGGAGCAGCAGGAUCAACAGGAGCAGCAGCGGCAGCAGCAGCUGCUGCUGCUACUCGUGCUAGUACCCCACAAGUGCGGGAGGAACUAUGCUGUUGCGAUCCCCCCGUUGCUGCUGCCUCGUCUGAUAAGCCAUCAGCAGCAGCAGCAGCAGCAGCAGUACCAGCACGAGGCGACUCCAUAGGGGCGGGUGUCUUUGCAGCAAAGAGGAAGUUGCUGCAGCAGCAGCAGCAAGCAGGCUUGCUGCAGCAGUUGGAGCAGCAGUGGGCGCAUGAGGCUGCCGCGUUACAGGGGGAGGAGUUGCUGCAGCAAGAAACACUUGAGCAGCAGCAGCUGCUGCAGCAAGCGACAAUGGAGCAGCACCUGCUGCUGCAGCAGGAACAAGCUGAACAGGAGCUCCGUCUGCAGCAAGAAGAAGCAGAGCUGCAGCAACUACAACUGUUGCAGCGAUACGAAGCUUUGCAGCAGCAGCAGCGGGAACUGCAGCAGCAACAGCAGGAACUGCAGCAGCAGCAGCAGCAGGCACUUUCGCUCAUGAACCAGCAGCACGGGAAGAGCUGCAGCUACUCUGACUUGCUGCUGCAGCAACAGAGUGGAAAACACCUGACAGAGAGGUGCAUGCAGCAGCAGCAGCAACAACAACAACAGCAGCUGCAGCAGCAGCAAGUUAUGCAGAAGCACCAGCAGCAGAUGCUGCUGCACCAAGGAAGCGACGACGUGGUGCUGCUUCCCUUGUGCGAAGAGCACGGGCAUAUUGCUGCUUCGCUGCAGCAGCAGCACGCUCUGCAGCAGCAGCACUCUCUGCAUCAGCAGCAGCGGCUGCAGCAUCACCAUAUGGAACCCCUGCAGCAGCAGCAGGAGUUGCAACAUCAUCAAACGCUGCAGCAGCAGCAGCAGCAGCAGGACAUGCAGCAGCAUGAGCACCAGCAGCAGCAACAAUAUAGAGGGGAUAUAUCCCCUAGGCGGAUCCAGAGGGCAAAGCAGCAGCGGCUGCAGCAGCGACUGCAGCAGCAGCAGCAGCAUUCCCUGCUACAGCAGCAAUGGAUGCUGCUGCAGCAGCAUCAGCAGCAGCUUCAGAUGCAAGGCCAGCUGCAGCAGCAAUUACUGCAGCAACACCUACAACUGCACAAACGGGACCAGCUGCAACUGCAGCAGCAGCAGCUGCUGCAGCAGCAGCUGCAGUUGCUGAGCCUUCAAGGGCAGCAGCACGCGCAGCAGCAGCAACAGCACCAGCAGGAACACAACGAACAACAAGAACCGGCUCCGCAUGAGCAGCAGCAACAGCAGCAACAUCAGCAGCAGCAAGAGCAGAUAACUGCAGCAGGAGAACAACCGCAGCAGGAGGGUGCAUGCACUGCACAGACUCUCCAGCAGCAACUGCAGCAGCAGCAGCAGAAGAGCGAUAGCCGACAGCAGCAGCACAAACAGGCAGGGAAGGAGACACAGGACGAGUGCAGCACAGGAAGUGGCAGCAGCAGCAGCAACGGCAGGUGCACCUGCGGGGAUAUGCAAAUGCUGCAGCAAGUACCCCAGCAGCAGCAGCAGCAGCAAGCUCAGCAGCACGAGCAGCAGCAAAUGCCGCAGCAGCUGCUCCCGCAAACUCCAAGUGUCUCUUCCUUGGGGUCGUUGCAGGAGGGAGCCGAGGGUCGUGUAGCAGCUCAUCAGCAUCAGCAGCAGCAGCCACAGCAGCAGGAGCAGCAGCAACUGCAGCAGCAGCAGCAACAGGAAGGUGCUUGGUGCUGCAGCUGCGGGGCAGUUAAUUACAACCCGCUUAUAGGAGAGACAAUGAAUAGCUUUUAUAGAAGUACACCAGCAGCACUUGCAGCAGCAGCAGCAGCAGCAGCAACACAGCAGCCGGCUGACAACCUACACAGACACCCCCCUUGCUGCUUCCCCACCGACCGGCAGGAGCAGCAGCUCUUGCAGCAGCAGAUCCUACAGCAGCAGCUGCUUCUACAGCAGCAGCUGCAGCUGCUCCAGAGCCAGACAUCUGCAUGUAGACAGCAGCCCCCGCUGCAGCGAAAUCAGCAGCAGCAGCAGCAGCAGCACUGUGGUUAUGCUGUUGCUGCACUCACGGAUAAUGGCGUCGCCGCUACGCCGUGCUGCUGCAGCACCCCACGGCCGAUGCAGCCGCAGCAGCAGCCGUGCUGCACAGCAGCAGGAGCGUGCACGACUGCUGCCAGCACACCCAGGCGCAUGCAAAGCAAGCCCCAAGUACUUGCUAUUGCAGCAACACCUCAUGCAGCAGCGACGCCACAUGCAGCAGCGGCAGCCAACCAUCGUCCUUGGAGCUGCUGGGGGGGCAGCUGCUGCAGCAGCAACCGUUGCAUGCAGGGACAGGACCACCAGCAGCAGCAGCAACAAGAAAUUCUACGCAGCAGUUGCAGCUACUGCGGUGGCUGCAGCAGAAUAAACCCACAUGAAUCUGACCAACAGAAGCAGCAGCAGCACCUGCAGCAACAGCAGCAGCACCUGCAGCAGCAGCAGCAGCAACUGCUACACGAUUUGCAGAGGAGGCAGCAGCACUGCAACACGGAGACACUAGAUGCCCCCCCGCUAACACUGCAGCAGCAGCAGUUCUGCUUGCUGCAGCAGCAGCAGCAGGACAGCCAACACAAGAACUUCCUGCUGCUGGGAGGAAGCGGCAGCAGCCAUUACACAAACCCUGCUGCUGCUGCUGCUGUUGCUGCACGGCCAGUACAAAUGCCUGCUGCUGCUGCUGCUGCUGCUGCUGUUGCUGCAGUAACACCUGAUGGUUCAUGCAUUCGGCAGCAGCGCUUCGAGCUGGUGCAGCAAGCAGCAGACUUGCAGCAGCAGCAGCAGCAGCAACACACCCCACGUAGCCCCUGCGCUGCAACUGCACCUAUGUGCUCACAGACCAUGAAGCAACAGCAACAACAACAGCAGCUGCUGCUGCAGCUACUGCAGCAACAGGCCGAGCAGCAACUCCUUCGGGGCGUAGCAACCUGCUUGUGUAUGCUGUAUUGCGUGCAGCAGCAGCAGCAGCAACAGCAGCAGCAGCAGCAACAAAAGAAACAAUAA